AUGGCCACAUACGGAAAGGGUGGAGACGACGCGGUCGGCGCGGAUUGGCCGAUCCGGAGGCUGGUGGCCGACAAUCAUCAAUGGCGUCCUGCCCAGAAGCUGGGCGGCGAGGGUAGCUCGAGUGGAGAAAGGGAGCUGGUCGACCAGUCACGCAGCUUUGUCGUUGGGGCUCCGAAGGAGCGAAGCGGCACCGGUCGGAGGCGCAUCGCAGGAAGCGAAGGCUAUGAAGUCAUCCCUAGUGGUACUACGAGAUUCCUCGGGCUUGGAGAGGCUCUGCCGUUAGGCCAUUCCUUUGAAGUCGCUCAUGUACCGGCAGCAGGAGCCGUGUUGGUUCGGGUUGGCGCUCUUGGUGUCUGA